GUGGCAGCCGCGGCCAACAGCUGACUGGAGGAACCCGGGUGGAAGUGUAGCUCGUGGACCUGUUCUUGGAAACGGGCUUCAUUUAGUACCGUAAAUGUUUUACGUGUGAAUUGUGCCUUCGGCGCCAUGAUAUUCUCUCGGAAUAUCUUCUCCUGUGAGAUAUGAGGUAGCAUUUGUUGUUAUGGAACCUCUGAACCAGUCAAACCUGAUCCAUUGUCAAGAUUCCCUUCUGCCAGCUUUGGAUCUUUCAAUGAAUUUCAAAAAAAGCCACAUUAGUUCAAGAUCCACAGAGGCAUUGGUGAAAAAGCCGACUUGGUGUGAUCUUGGCACAGCUGGCCAAAGUCCAAUGGGUUUUUCUGGUGUCAGAGCAGAACAUAGUAUUUCCCAGCCUUGUCCGCAGACUCCAACACAGGAUGACCCAAAGGUUGCUCACAGGAAACCAUUUGAUACAAGUCCUCGUUUAGGCUCCCAAAGCAGGUCUAAUGGACACCUGCUUGCUAGUCAUUUUCCCUCUGUAGUCUACAACUGCAAGGCAGAACUACCGAAGAAAGACAUGGUCAGGAACGCUGAUCAGGAGGUGCCACGUCACUCAAGUAGACAUCCCAGGGUGAACCACCAAAAUGGACUUGCCAGCCAUUUGCCAAUGCCAAAGGCUGCUGGGAAAAAUGCAAUGGGCUCCCUUGGGUGUAACAGUAAUCAGACCAAUUCUUCAACACCAUGGGUGUCUAAAUCUGUAUGUCCCUCAAAGGGCUAUAAGACUGUUGUUGAAAGUAGUGUUGGUACUCCUCCUAAGCUGCCAUCGCAUAAUGUCUCAUAUCAAGCCAUCACUUCACAGGGGCACAAGGUCAGCCCGAUUCAUAAAAAAGUAAUGGUUAAGCACAUUGCUGAGGUCAGACAUUCUUCCUCCCCUGUAUACAUCGAGAGUGAUGACAGUGAUGUCGUAGAGGUGCCUGUGUCCAACUAUAGCAAAAACACCCCAAGUCCCCAAGUAUCCACGAGCCCACAGCUAUCAGCUUGUGCACAGACUCAUCAUAAUAACCACACUAACACAAAUAGCACUGGUUCUUCAGGAGAAUGUGGAGACGAUGCCAUGUACAUUUGGGCAAGUGAAUACUCUACCUCAGGGGUUUUUGCUGCACAGCCCCCAGAACCCACAUCCUGCAAUGCAUCCUCUGACGAGGACUUUGGAGCCCCCUGUGAAGUGACAACAGUGAAUGCACAACCGACACCAAAGCAGCAGAAGACCAAGAGCCCUGGACAGGCUAAGGCCUCGGCUGGCAAAGUCCCUCCUGCCAAGCGCAAGCGGAAGAAGCAUCGCCAGGCCCCGUCAUCUUCCUCCUCCAUGUUCGCGCCCCAAGAACCAGAAAUCAAGCUGAAAUAUGCCAACCUGAGCCAGAAGGAAGAGAAGAAGGACAGCCGGGCGGACGCCAACUUCUGCCCCUACGUGCGCGUUGAGGUCAGGGGGGUUUCCGCCUGCACCGUGGUCAACUGGCAGGAGGAAGAGGAGGCCUUGCGGAAGAAGGGGCGCCAACGCUCCGCUGCGCCGCUAAGGCCUGCUGCUCAGGCCACAGGGACGGUCCCUAGCACCUCCUGCCUGCGCCUGGGCCGCCUGAACGCCGACAGCAGAGGGAUGCCCACACAGACCUGCAGCCUGUGCGGCUGGCCCGCGAACAGCAUGGGCCUGGGAGACCUGCACGGGCCGUACUACCCCUCCAAAUGCAACCCGCCCUCGAAGCUGCUGGACCAGUGGGACCCGAGGGAGGUGCAAAACACAGAAUGCGCCGGAGCCAGUCAGGGUUCCGUAGAGAACUCCCCAGGGAAUCCCAGCAAGAGGCCCCGCAGAGACUGGGCCAAAGACGACUGCUCCGAAGCUGCUGCUGUGUUGGUGGCGGACCGGAACUCUGGCGAGCGCUGGCUGCAUGAGGAUUGCAGCAUCUGGUCUGCAGGUGUCUUCCUGAUCAAAGGGAGGCUGUACGGGCUGGAGGAGGCCAUCAGGCUCGCGGAGGAGACUGUUUGUUCAUGCUGCCACAAAGUGGGAGCCACACUCGGCUGUUUCUUUAAGGGAUGCUGCAAUAAGUACCAUUACAUCUGUGCCCUGCAGUCAGGCUGUCUACUGAGUGAGGACAACUUUUCCAUGAGAUGCCCCAAGCACAAGAACAAGUCGCACCGACCUGUCACUAGAUGACGAGCAAGAGGAGACAGGGUGCCAGUGAAGGUGUGUGGGUCAACCCUGUUUGCCAUGAAGCUGGUGACGCGGUCCCUUACCCCGUGCCUUCAGCGCAGCACACAACCUGCAGGGAUGGCUGAAAUGGGUCCUCCGCAAAUGUUUACAUUAAUUAAUGUGAUGAUUUUUGAAAUUGUUUUUUUUUUUUUUUUUUUUUUUUUUUAAAAAAAUAGGUUUACAAUUUUCAUAAGGACCAAUGGAGUUUGGGACUUUUACUUUUUUUUAUUUGUUCCCUUUCCUGGUUUGUGGCUAGUUUAACUGGUGUCCAUUAAGGCCGUAUAUGAGUCAGUACUCGGACCUUAUGGUCAUCAGAUAGAAAGGCAGAAGGUUAAUUCUUUUUUAGUUUUAAACCGAUUUUGCCCUUGAGGUCCAACUUUUUAUUUGUAAUUUAUUUUGUGUUUUACAAAAAAAAAUGAGAAUGAGUAGAAUGAAUGAAUACGUGGGACCCAGACCCUUGUCAUUGAUGUGAAAAUAUUUAUUUCUUACUUGCUUUUUUUUUUUUAACAUGUGUAUUUAUUACUUGAGAAUCAGUGUGAGGGAGGGACCUUUGGAAUAUUGUCCCACGGAACCUUUGAGUUGCUGUUCACAUUCCAUCUGCUGCUCACCUUCUAAUGAAAUGCUGCAUUGGCAUCUGGGCUGGGCAGAUACAUCUGUUCUAUUUGCCGCUACUCAAUUUCACCAUACUCCUCGUGCUUUGCAAAUAAGUUGGAUUUCAA